GGAUCCCUAUGCCGCGCCAGGAUCUCUAUGCUGCGCUUCAUCUGGAGGCGCGCGAUUAUUGCAUGUUCAAACCUGUAUACUCGUAUGUUUACAGUACAGUAGUAAAGUGAGUGAUUAUUUUGCAAGUUGUAUAACCCGUGCCGUUUUUUCAUCCUGACUACAGAUUUCUAUCAAUAACAUGGAUAUGGAAAUAAGUGAUUCGUCUGAUGAGUCUAUAAAUAGAAGCUGGAAAAAGGCAUCAAGAUUACGAGAUUCUUUCUCUUCAGACGAGGAUUUUGUUAAUGUAAACAGUGAAAUGAACGAAUGUUCCACGGAGGAAGAAGAUUUGGUGUCUAAAUCAGAGAACGAGGAUCACGAUGAAGAAUGGCAGGAAGUAAAAGAAAGAACUUCAGUAAUAAAUGAAUAUUCGGAAGAAGAAGAAUUUUUAUAUAAAAACACUGACUGUAAUGACCCUUUUACUUUAUACAAACUAUUUUUCACGGAUUAUAUACUAGAGAAGAUAGUUGAAGAAACAAAUAAAUAUGCUACACAAUGCAUACAUAAUUCUUCAUCUAGCAGUAGAAUGCACCAAAAAGCCUGGCAGUCUGUUACAAGAGAUGAAGUGAAUACUUUUAUUGGUAUAUUGCUUAUUAUGGGUGUAGUACAAUUACCAGAAAUUAGAUUAUAUUGGUCUAACAAAGACAUGUAUACAAAUGCACGCAUAAAAAAUGCAAUGAAACGUGACCGUUUUCUAUCUUUUCUUAAGUUUUUACAUUUUUCGGACAAUACCACAGCCAGAACUGAAGAUCGAUUGCACAAAAUUCGAAACAUUGUUGAAGCAAUUGUGGAUACCUUCAAGAGUUCUAUUAAACCUGGCAAAAAUAUCGUUAUCGAUGAAAGUAUGGUUACAUGGAGAGGACGUCUGGGUUUACGUCAACACAUUUUAGACAAGCGACAUAAGUGUUACAUAAAAUUAUACAAAUUGUGUUUGCCUGGAGGUUACACUUAUAAUAUUGAAAUUUAUGUCAGGAAAAAUGAAACGAUCAUUGAAAAAUCACAUUCUCAUGAUGUAAUAAUGAGAUUAUUAAAUGGCUUAUUAUUUGAGGGCCGCAUACUAUUUAUUGAUAGUUAUUAUACAAGUGUCCCUUUGGGGGAAGAACUUUUAAAGAACAAUACAUUUAUUUGUGGUACUGUAAAUAUAAACAAGAAAUUUCUACCAUCACAGGCAAAACAAAAACAAAAACGUGGUGAAAUUAUGAGUUUCGAAAAUCGUAGCGGUGUCAAAUUUCUGAAAUGGACUGACAAAAGACUAGUUUGCAUGUUAACUACCUCAAAGAAUCACCAGUGUAAAUUUGUACAAGAAACAAAUGGCAAAGUAAAGCCCGAUGCUGUAAUUGAUUAUAAUAUUGCAAAAAAAGGUGUUGAUUUAUCAGAUCAACUAUCGGGGUAUUACAGUUAUUUACGAAAAACUAUUAAAUGGUACCGAAAAGUAAUAAUACAAUUAAUAUGCGGAACUUCCCUCGUGAAUGCCUGGUAUAUUCAUAAAAGAUGGGGCACUAAAAAUAUGAAUAUGUUACAAUUUAGGGAAGUUAUUAUUGAUCGCCUUUUGGCCAAUGAACAAAUAUACCGUCAUAUACCGUCACAUAAACAUGUUCUUCAAUCAUAUGAGGGAUCUGCAAGAGAGUUCCGUAAACGCUGUAAGGAAUGCUAUAAAAAUUUGUCCUUAAAAAAGGGUAGAGAUUAUGCCACUAACAAAACUACAAGAGUUAAGACGUAUUGUGGGAAUUGCAAGGGUCAGCCAGCACUUUGCUUGAAAUGUUUUAACAAAUUACACAAAAAAUAAUAAAUAAUGAAGUUAUAAAUAACAUAAUAUUGAAUUUUUA